AUGGCCGCAUUUUUCCUGGUCUUUUUCUUUGGGCAGGAGCUGUCGUUCGGGCUCUGGUCUCCGUCUAUCUGGAUAGACAGGCUGUGCAUCCAUCAGACAGACCUGGACCUGAAAGCCGAACAAAUCAAGUCCGUGCCGACCUUCGUGGUGCGCUCUUCCCGCAUGCUCAUCCUCUGUGAUGGGUCUUACUUUGAAAGGUUGUGGUGCAAUCUAGAGCUGGCCACUUUUGCCCGGCAUGGAGGUGUGGAGAAGGUCGACGUGUUGCCACUGUGGCUUGCUCCCUGGCUUCUUUUCAGUAUCUUACUGGAACUCCUCAGUGUGAACAUGAUAGAAGUCUUGCAGCUCGUGUUCCCCAACUGGAGUGCUGCGUGGCAGCAGCAUAUCAUGGUUCUGGCUUCGCCCCUUGUGGGAGAGAACCCACUAGUGCAGAAGUUUGUCGGCUGGUUUAUCAUCUGGAUGACCUUUUCACUGACCACACUCCCGGGCUCGAUUCCCAGCUUCUUCUCCUUCCGCAUGAAGAUUCGACAUCAUCAACUUAUCCUGGAUCUAAUGGCAGAUUUCGACGUCCGGGCAGCAAAAUGCUCUGAGCCUUCGGACCGGGACGCCAUCGAGACGCAACUGCAGGAGAUAUUUUGCAACCAGGACCUAUCCUCUCUCGGUUCUGAUGCCGUGGAUGACGGCGAGGUGCAGGUUCAGCAGUUUGUGCGACACAAGGCCACCGGUAAUCCGCUUGACAGCUUCAAUGCCUACGUUCGAGGUGUCCUUCGUGACAUUGUCAUGAUGCAGAUAGGCGAUGAAAUCUUCGUACAAUGGUCAUUGUGUCUAACUACAUGCCUACCGAUGAUCUUGUAUUCCUCCGUGAACGUGCUGGGCUGCGACAACGGCUCUUGCGAGGAAUCUGCGAGGCUGGCAGGCUGUUCCUCGACUCUACAGUACAUACUAGCUGACGUGAUGGGCUGGUCACUUAACAUUGUGCUGGCAUUCCCGCUCACCUAUCCUGUCAUGCUUCGGAUGCUGAAAUGUGUUCUCUCCUUCGGCGAUGGUCCAGUGCAGCGCUGUGCAGCUUUCUUGUGCUGCAUCCUGGUAUACGAGUACACCUAUAUGUGUGGCGGCUUGAUCUGGGGCACUUGGAUUAGUGUUGUGGAGGACUACUCUCCAACUCAGCUCACAUUUUUCCUGCUGGCGAUGACUUUCUUACUCAUCCAGAGCAUCUGCCUGUUUUACAGAUGGGACAGGCACGGCCAGGAAAACCUGGCAUCAUGUCGCUGUGUCAAACGACAGGUCGCGACUUAUCAGGCAGCACGGUAG